AUGGCGCUGUGGCGUGGCUCCGCGUACGCGGGUUUCCUGGCAUUGGCCGUGGGCUGCGUCUUGUUACUAGAGCCGGAGCUACCAGGCUCGGCGCUCCGCUCUCUGUGGAGCUCGCUGCGGCUGGGGUCCGCGCCCGCACUCCCAGGACCUGCCUCCCCCGAGGGUCGGCUGGCGGCCGCCUGGGACGCACUCAUCGUGCGGCCGGCCCGGCGCUGGCGCCGCGUGGCCGUGGGAGUCAACGCCUGCGUGGAUGUGGUGCUUUCAGGGGUGAAGCUCUUGCAGGCACUGGGCCUGAGUCCUGGGAAUGGGAAGGAUCACACCGUACUGCAUUCAAGGAAUGAUCUAGAGGAAGCUUUCAUUCACUUCAUGGAGAAGGGAGCAGCUGCUGAGCGUUUCUUCAGCGAUAAGGAAGCUUUUCAUGACAUUGCCCAGGUUGCAUCAGAAUUACCAGGAGCCCAGCAUUAUGUAGGAGGAAAUGCGGCUUUAAUUGGACAGAAAUUUGCAGCCAACUCAGAUUUAAAGGUUCUUCUUUGUGGUCCAGUUGGUCCAAAGCUGCAUGAACUUCUUGAUGACAAGGUAUUUGUUCCACCAGAAUCAUUACAGGAAGUAGACGAGUUCCACCUCAUUUUGGAAUAUCAGGCAGGGGAGGAGUGGGACCAGUUAAAAGCUCCCCAUGCCAACCGAUUCAUCUUCUCUCACGACCUCUCCAACGGGGCCAUGAAUAUGCUGGAAGUGUUUGUGUCUAGCCUGGAGGAGUUUCAGCCAGACCUGGUGGUCCUCUCUGGAUUGCACAUGAUGGAGGGACAAAGCAAGGAGCUUCAGAGGAAGAGACUCUUGGAGGUUGUCACCUCCAUUUCUGACAUCCCCACUGGUGUUCCCAUUCACCUCGAGCUGGCCAGUAUGACCAACAGGGAGCUCAUGAGCAGCGUUGUGCAUCAGGUCUUUCCUGCUGUGACUUCCCUUGGGCUGAAUGAACAAGAGCUGUUAUUUCUCAGCCAAUCAGCAUCUGGCCCUCAUGCUUCUCUCUCUUCCUGGAACGGUGUUCCUGACGUGGGCAUGGUCAGUGACAUACUCUUUUGGAUCUUGAAAGAACAUGGAAGGAGUCAGAGCAGAGCCUCAGACCUCACCAGGAUCCAUUUCCACACGCUGGUCUACCACAUCCUGGCAACCGUGGACGGACACUGGGCCAACCAGCUCGCGGCUGUGGCUGCCGGGGCCCGCGUGGCUGGGACACAGGCCUGCGCAACAGAAACCAUAGAUGCCAACCGAGUGUCUCUGCGGGCACCCUGCGAGUUCACCACCUCCCAUUCGGAGGCAGGCUCUAGGAUCGUGUUAAACCCUAAUGAGCCAGUGGUAGAGUGGCACAGGGAGGGAAUAACCUUUCACUUCACACCAGUCUUGGUGUGCAAAGAUCCUGUUCGAACUGUGGGCCUCGGAGAUGCCAUUUCAGCUGAAGGACUCUUCUAUUCAGAAGUAUACCCUCACUAA